AACUGGCAACACGGCGAAUUCUAAAGCACAUGGCAUGUGGAAACAUCGCAGUUCAAUUAUCUGUUUACAUUGCCGGCAUAUAUAAACAGUAUCGAGCUUCAUUCAACGACAGUGCAUUGCUGCUAUCGCUUAUCAAACGUUGGUUGAUUGUAAAGUUAUUGCCGAGAUGGUUCUUAACUUAGGCGACAAGUUUCCAAACUUUACCGCGGAUACUACGAUUGGUCAAAUCGAUUUCCAUAAGUGGGCCGGCGACUCAUGGGUUGUGUUAUUCUCACAUCCAGCAGAUUUCACUCCGGUGUGUACCACAGAACUGUCGGCUGUCGCUCGAUUGGUUCCGGAGUUUGCCAAACGAAACGUAAAACCAAUUGCUCUGUCGUGUGACUCAGCUGAUUCGCAUACGAAAUGGAUUGAUGAUAUUAAGGCUUACGGUAAGCUGACUGAAUUUAAUUAUCCCAUUAUUGAUGACGAGAAGCGCGAAUUAGCGGUCAAAUUGAACAUGCUGGACAAGGAUGAAAUCGGAGCAGCCGGUUUACCAUUGACGUGUCGAGCUGUUUUUAUCAUUGAUCCACACAAGAAACUUCGAUUAUCGAUUCUGUAUCCAGCCACCACGGGGCGAAAUUUUACUGAAAUUUUGAGGACAAUUGACUCGAUGCAACUAACGGAUCGAAGCAAAGUGGCUACGCCGGCAGAUUGGGUCCAAGGUCAGGAAUGCAUGGUACAACCAAGUGUCAAAGAGGAAGAAUUGGCCUCUCUAUUCCCGGGCGGUGUUUCGAGUGUUGAGCUACCCUCGGGUAAAGCAUAUCUUCGAAAGACCAAGCUGUAGGUGAAUGUGCUGAUAGAGCAUUACACAGCAUUCCUGCGAAAACAUCAUCUGCUUUAUACGAGCCGUUUACUUAUAAUUGAUUGAUCUGUCUCAUGUUACUUACAAUGUCAAUAAAUAAUGUACACAAAUACAACAGCAA